AGAACUUACCGAUAAAUUGGAUUGGACGCCUAGUCACUCGGCAAGCGUCGGCGGGGACGAGUCGAUUGGAGUCCUGGUAAAUCGGCUGGCCAUCUUCCAUGCAGCCGUGCCUAUAAAUCUUCGCAGAUAGUUUCCUGAUUUAGGCGUUUCGAUCCUUCGAAUCUGCAUUAUAAUUUUUCUUUGAUAAUUCCGGAGGUGCUAGGGUUUGUUUUGGUGGAGGAAUUUUACAAAAAAAAACUUGCAGGGUCGAUGUGAAUUUAGGACUUUGGGAUAUAGGGGAUUCUCUUUGCUUUGUGAGUGAUGGGAGGGAUUGAACGUGAUGGUAAUGAUUGGGCCUUCCGGGUUAACUUCGCCGGAGAGGGUGCGGCGGGGUUGCAGGAGAAGGUGAAGGAGAAGCUGAAGGAGUUUAUGGGAGAUUACACUGACGACACCUUGGUGGAGUAUGUGAUUGUGCUGCUCAGGAAUGGAAGGGGCAAAGAUGAAGCUAAAAGGGAAUUGAAUGUAUUUCUAGGGGAUGACAGCGACGCUUUUGUAACCUGGUUAUGGGAUUAUUUAUCUCUAAACUGGCAUCUGUACGCCGAACCAGAAGAAGCUCUUACCGAAGAAGCUGCGAACGCAAAAGUGACAACAAAUGACUAUUUUGGGAAAUCAAAUCCAGAGAUGGUGCAAGCAGGUGGUGCUUCAUAUAUUGAUUCCGAGCAUGAGGAUGAACAUUUAGUUAAUGUCUCCAGAAGUAGGCGUAACAGGGAAUGGAAAGGUCUGGUGGGUGAAACAACUAGAAGCUUCCCUCUUAGAAGCACUGUGAUAGAGGCUUUCCAUUCAGGAGAGAAGCCCAGUCAAAGACUUGAUAUCAGGCACUCCUCUCCUUCUAGACCUCAUGGCAGCAAGAAACGGAGCAGAGAAGAUGAAAGGCAGCCAUUAAAGAGAAAUUCAGCUUCGAUGCCAAAACUUGCACCCUCUCGGAGGCUUCUUGAGUUUGCUGUCAGAGAUGUUGUGAAAACCGUCCAGCAGCCCAGCACUAAGGUUGAACCAGUUGUGAGGCGACUUCGUUCGGUUGUGUCCUCAUCUGUGGAAUCUACAUUGAAUGAAAGACCUCAGUGGCCUAGAUCAACUAUAAGAUUGCCAGGUUCAGCCUCAGUGGCACUCAAAGCUGCUGCAGAAGCCGCUGAAGAUGUAGCAAAGAGUAGAAAUGCAGGAAGUGUUUUUGAUAGAUUAGGUCAUGUUAAAGCCACAGUUGGUUCCAUUGAUCAAUCAGCUAAUAUGGAAAGAUCUAUCUUGCAGAAUAUAGAGGAUGAAGAGUUUGAGCAAAAUGCCAGGUCUUCCCAACUGAACUAUAAUCAUAAAAAUGGUUAUAAUUUUGAUUUUACUGGGAAUAGUUCAAUAUUGAACAAGGUUGAUGCCAUGGCCGUUGAUUCAGCUUCAGAUAAAGAUGACUAUGAUGAUUUUGGUAUGUCAAGUGAUCAUGGCUUGGAUGCUUCUCAAUAUGCUUACUCUGCAAACAAAAGGGAGAGUUCAUUCAUGGCAAACUAUGAUGUUUCGGGAGACACGGAUACAGUUGUAAAGAAAGCAAAAUUGAUUCAGCAGGAGGCACCACCUACUGCAGUAGCAAAACCUUCUAGCAAGAUUGUGAAUAUUUCUGUUAAUGUAAAUGCGUGGAAUCCUCCAGAUUAUAAAGUAUCCAGGAGCGGUAAUGAGAUUGAAAAUCAAAUGAUAGACAAUGGUGAACAAACUACCGUAAAAUCGAAUGCUUGGAUCUUGAAGGAUGGCACUAGCUCCAUUCUUGGGAACGAUAAGGAAAUGACACGCACAGACAUUCAGAAAGAGUCCCAGAAGCCCCAUGUAUCGGCACCUGGCGUUUCCUAUGCCACAAGCCGUCCUUCUGAAGAUGUUGAUUCCCGAACCAUCUUUAUUAGUAAUGUCCAUUUUGCUGCUACUAAGGACACCCUUUCCCGACAUUUCAAUAAGUUCGGAGAAGUUCUAAAAGUAAUAAUUGUGACUAAUCCUGCAACUUGUCAUCCUAUAGGGUCAGCUUAUGUUGAGUUCCUGCGUAAAGAAUCGGCAGAGUUAGCGCUUUCAUUGAAUGGCACUUCAUUUAUGUCUCGUAUUUUGAAGGUUGUUAGGGGAAGCUCUGUGGAUUCCCAUGCGAUCGGUUGGCCACGGAUUGCUCGUCCUUCUCCAUUCACUUCGAGGCUCGGUAGAAUGCCAUUUCCUAGGGGUAUUCUCACAGGUGCUUUUCGAGCACGCCUUCCCGUAAAGCCAGGAGCAAGAAGCUUGCAAUGGAAGCGCGAGUCCACUGCUCUUCAAACCCUCGAGGGCCCAAGAAGUGUUCAAAAUAUGCCUGUAACACAUGGAAAUGCUCCGCACGCAAUUACAAAGCGAAAUCUCACAUACAUUCGGCCGGAAAAUACCUAAGGGAAUUCUGGCUGGCUCUACAUAUAUUCAGGGUGAGACUUAGAAGGGCCACUCAUAAUGCCAUCUUCCUUCCUUCCAGAACUCCUGCCUCGCCAAACUGGAGAUGAUUUCUAACUAAGUUUGAUGGGAAGAGUUUCUGCUUUUCAGAUCUUGAAGAAACGACGAACACCAAAAAUGGCUUUGUGCAGAUGAUGUCUGAUGGAUGGCUCCCCGUGUCAUUUAACAUUUGUGCCGGUGUUCUAUGCAAGGCUUCCUUGCAGUCAAUGAACAACUACUAUCGUUUUCUCUCUUUUUGUAUUUUUGGGCUCAUUAUUUUACUGAUAUUUUGAGUUUGAUUUUAUGUUUAUUCUAAGAAUCUGCUUGUGUAGUGAUUCUGCAUUAAUGUAUCGCCGUCUAUUGGUUCUGCUUAUUUGAAGUUUGCGAGUUAUCUAAAUUGUAUGUAGCUACGCAAAUAUCCACUAUUU